GUGGUAAUGCAUUACGCUAUAAUAUCACCAAUGUAAACGAAGGAAACUUUUGGAAGAUUAUUUCAGACAAUAAAUCAAUGACUCCUUUAGCUUUGACGUUUUUGGCACUUGCCUGUUCCAUUUUUGGCACAACAUCGAAAACCACUAAAUAUGCUCGCGAUAUUAUUCCUGAUGAGCUACAAAAAGAUGAGCUACAUGGAGAGAAUACUAAAUUAGCACAUUUAUAUAAUAAUUUUAAAUAUACUGAUAAAGUAAAAACAAGUUAUACUAAAGAUAAACAUAAGCAAUCAUAUGGUAUGAGGCAUUUUAAUGAACAAAACGAAAAUGAUCAUAGUCUUGUUCCUGACGAAUUGUACGAACCUGAUGUACAAGGGACAAAUCUAAAACAAUCAAAUGUAUACGAAAAUGAUAACACUAAUCAUGGAAAUAUACAUUCUAAACGUAGAGAGAUAAGAAAAAGACAAUACAAUACAAAUGCUAGAAGUAAAAGAGAGACAAAUGAAGAUCCUCGAUGCCAGCCAUUUACGUUUGAAACUGGAAAGAAGUAUCUAAUGCACCCGAAGAACGUAAAAGACCAAGAAAAUAAGCCCGGAGAAGGCACUUACACGAGCAACACCACGUGUUUUACUACUAUAGAAGCGGAGGAAGGGCAGGUCAUAGAGUUAACUUUCGUGGACGUGUUCGAGAUAGAAUAUAGUGCUGAAUGUGUAAAUGAUUAUUUAGAGAUCCGCAACGGCAAAUUCGGCUACGCACGCCCAGAAUACAGGUAUUGUGGGAAAGACUUUCCCCCCCAAGUUACCUCCACCGGGCCUUAUUUAUGGCUGAAGUUUAAGUCGGACGACAUUAUAGAGUACGCUGGCUUCACCAUAGAGGUUAACUUCCUACCGAAGAUCGGCAGUCGAGCAAUAGACUCAUCCUGUUACAUAACUAAAAGUGGAAACAGCGGCAACAUUGACGGUACCAGCACCAGUUCUGACCUCCAGAAAUGUCGAGCAGCGACACCUGGCCCACUCGACGUUCAGUGGAAGAUAGAGGCCGAGCCAGGCACUCAGAUAUAUCUGAACAUCACAAAGUUCCAAUUAGCAAAUCCGAACAAUUGUACCAAAAACACGGUGCAAAUUUUUGGCGCAAAACCAAACUUCGAACAUUUGUUAGGGGAGUACUGUAGCUCAGUAGCCAAGUCGCUUUGGACCGAAGAGGGAAAGAAAACCCCUGGCCCCGCCAACAUCAUGUACAUUCGGCUAUUUACUAUCGACAGGAGGUCCAAUUUCAGUACUAUAUACACGCAAUUUCGGACCGCCGAUUUAUGCGACGCGGACAAUGAGUUUGACUGCAAAGACAGUACAUGCAUCGAUAUAUCGUUGAGAUGUGAUGAAAUUGCGCAUUGCAGGCUUAAAAAUGAUGAAGACCCUAUGGAGUGCAAGGGCGAGGCGCAGUCGCUGGUGCGAGACAAGGACACCCGAAACAUCCUUAUCGUGUUCUCGCUCAUCCUAUCCGGGAUGGUCGCCGUGUUCCUUUUCAAGUGCAUCCGAAAAUUAUACAACGACCAGAAGCUAAUCAAUGAGUACAAGGCGCAGAUCCAUGAUGACCUAAAAAAGGCUGCGAGUCAGCUCACGCUUGACCCGAAACGCAGCAGAUGCAGGGAAAGCCCUAGUCUUGACCAUCAAAACCACGCCAACGAGAUGAACAGACAUACGCAACAACAGAGGUCCACCAGUAUGGAGUCGGAUCUUCUACGCAUGCGCGUCGACGAUGACUGCUGGCCUGAGAGUCAGCCCUUUGUGCAAGACACCAAGCACAAGAGACCCACGAGGAACCUCGAUUGGAACGAAGAGUUAUUGAGCCCGACGAAAGACAGCAGGCACAAGAGUAGACCCACGAGGGACCUUGUCUGGAACGAAGAGUUAUUGAGGGAAAAGGGCAGUUUAUCAACACACGUACAAGAGAUUCAAGACGCGGGGUGUCAGACCAGAGACAGUCUGUUCCAAAUGGCUCCUGUACUUCCUACAACUAAUGCUCCAGGGUCAAAAUCAAGCUCCAGAAGCCGUGUACUGUCCGGAGUGGCUCCCCCCAACCCCACCCCCCGUCUCACAGUGGAACUCCUACGCCAGGCUACAGCCCAAGACUCAAGUUCACAAGCCGAUGGGCGCCCUUUAAGCUCCGAGACCACCAAAUCAGCACCCGACGUUAUACAGAUCUACUGA